AUGAUCAGUUGGGAAGAGUUUGGGUGGAAAAAUGAUGUGAAUAGGUACAUUCCCCUGUACCUCAGAAUCAAUUCCUUAAUCCUGAAGCGUUCACAUCCAUUAGACUCCCAAGAGGGAGGACUCCUCCCUCCACAUUUAUCACAUCAUCAACAAGGAUUCGAUGAAACCGAUUACAUCUUCAUGCAAAGCAAGAAAAUGUUGACUGCAGCGGCUCUGGGGGCUGGGUCAUCAUCCGCCUCAGCCGGUGCAACAACCCCGUCUUCUCUUUGCUCGACACCGGUGUCACUUCUUCAACAAAGCGCUCUUCUCCCCUAUGCAUCAGCAGCCGCAUCAACAUUGGCUGCCUCAGCUCCCCUUUAUCAACAAAUGGCCUUACAACAACAGCUGAGUGCUGGUGGAGGUCUGACGAGUGGGAUGGGAAUGAUCGGUGGUGGGCAGGGUAAUGCCUCGUAUGAGGGGAUUCCAAUCUUCAUUGUCCCUCAAACAGGCGCCACACCUGGUGCCACCACCGUCUCCUUGGCGGCUCUUCAAAAAGCAGCGGAGAUCAAAGCAACCCUCUUGGCGAACGCGUUGACUGAGCCGAAAGUUGACACGAGUAGUGAG